GAAUCAGUGUGCGAGUCUCUGCCAUUUGCGCGUCGGUACGCGGCUACGCGGCAGUAGUGAUACCAGGAUUCUACGUCUGCUUACCGGUGCGUAGAAAACGCAAGCCUUAUUAAGUGCGUUUUGUAUCUAAGUGCUUUAUCGAUCACACGAUUAAAUUAAUCAACAUGGCGGAUACAGAAACUAAAGACACCAAAGUUGCUACAACUCCAGAAAAGAAAGUAGUAGAAGAAGAAAAAAAAACAGUUCAAGAAGUUGAUGAAGAUUCAAAAACAUCUGAAAAUGGAGAUGCCAAAGAAACCAAAGAAAAUGGCUCAAAUGAAGAAAAAGAGUCAGAAAAUAAAGAAGUAGAAUCAGCAGAAAAUGGGGAUUCUACAGAUGCAUCUGUUGAUAGCUGUUGUAUAAAAAGGAAAUCAACAACUUUAAAUGAAACUACAGAGGAUACUGCUACUGAUGGUGCCAGUCCUGAAAAGAAAAAAAAACUUGAUGAAAAAUGUGCUGAAACAGAAACCAAUGGAGAUGCAGAAGCUACGGCCUAAUAUUUUUUUAUGUUCUAUUGCAGAUUUAAUCUAUAGAUAAUUUUAACAGCUAAUUGACAAGUCAGGACAUUUAAAAUUUGUUAUCCAUGCAUCGUCAUGAUAGACGAGCAUUAAAAACAAAAAGUUUAAUAUUGUAUUAAUGACUUUUGUGUUCAGACAUUUAUGUGUGUUUAUUGCGACCAUUUUUAUGAUUUUAAUUGGCAAUCGUAUAUAUCUACAUCAUCAUAAAUUACCAUCUUAGAUUACUACCAUUCAUGUUUCCUAUGUUCUCCACAUUGAUGUCCGUACAUAAUAUACACUGUGCUAAAUUUAAAAAAAGAGAAACAUACAGAUAAUCUUAUAAAUAAUAUAUUUCUGAUACAUAAAAA